AUGAACACCCCCGGUUUAUUUGACUUUGAGUUUGAGACGGUGCUUAGGGAAUUUAAGCAAGGUAUUGAAAGCAACAGAGAUAAAGAAAGUUUCAAAACAACUACAUUGAAAGAAUUGAGAGACAGUAUUGCCAAGAUACAAACCCAACGGCAUGCGGGUCGUCAACUACAGGAUCUAAACCGGCUGGCGCCCUUCCUAGAGGCGGCUAAGCAGUAUGGCGAGGUGGUCCGCUUGUUCUGCAAAAGCAGUGAGAUCAUGCCCUUCAUUUGGGGGCCCAUGAGAACUCUCCUAGAGAUAACUAAUUCAUCCAGCCUGUGCGAAAAGGCUUUUGAUGAGCUUGUGGGCUUAUACGAAAAGGUCGGAGAGGCACUCCCUCUUCUCCAGCAGUAUGAAGGCUUUUUCCGUACCAGGUCACAUAAGUUGAAAAUUCUUGUCCUAAUUUACAAAGAAAUUACCAAGUUCCAUCAAACUGCCUUGGAAUACUUUCGAAAUUUAGUAUGGGAGAGACUAUUUGAUAUUAACUGGAAGACGAUUAAGGGUGCCCUACUUUCUAUCGUCUCAGAGAUAGUUCGACAUCGAGAUGCCAUUGAGAACCAGGCCAGUCAGUCUCAGACGACAGAAUUUGAGGAGACACAUACAGAGCCGAUUUACCAACCAGAUCCUUUUAAGGAAGAGACUUUUCGACCACAGCGUUUGGCCGUAUGCCACUGGCUUCGGCCAAUAGAUCCUGCCGCAGAUCAAGAUCUCUUUUCCAAAAUUCGAGCAGAGUAUCCAGGUACAGGAAGAUGGCUCCUCGAUAAUGAGACGUUCAAAGGGUGGAUUGAUCUUCAAUAUGCUCGGAUACCUCCGUUACUUUGGCUUACCGGCUUGCCCGGCGCAGGAAAGACAAUACUUGCGUCUCUUAUAGUCGAGGAAGUACAAAAGCUUACGCCGAAACCGCGCGUGCUAUUUUUUUACUGCAAGCAAAAUGUACCAGAGCACAAUACUUUCCUUGCAAUCGCUCGGAGUUUCAUUUUACAACUUCUCAACCAGGACAGAAAUUUGUUAUUAUACUUGCACCGAAAGCACUGUGACAGUAAUGAGGCAGUUCUUUCUUCAAUUCCUCUUAUACAGGAGAUGUUAAAUUUUCUGCUCUCCAGCUGUAAAAGCGCCUAUAUCAUCAUUGAUGGUCUGGAUGAGUGCGAGAGAGAGGAACGGAAAAUCAUAACCCAGUGGUUCCGGCGCCUAGUAGAAUCGCUCCCGGAGAACGCGCCUGAUCGCCUUCGCUGCCUUUUUGUCAGCCAGGACGAUCGCAUUGGAGCCAAGGACUUGCAAGGGCUUGCCAAGAUAAGCAUAGACCCUCAGGACAACAAUCAAGACAUCCUGCUUUACAGCAGAGUACAGGCCGAGGAGCUGAGACACAAAUUUGAUUUUUCGGAGGAGGAAUCAAGUAGGAUUGCCGUUGCUGUUGCUGAGUCCGUGAAAGGCAUAUUCUUACUGGCGAAAUUGAUAUGGAUCAAUUUGAUAGCACAGAUAAGUCUUGCCGAGGUCGAAGAGCAAAUGAAAGAGUUUCCCCCCGAGAUCAAUCAGGCAUAUGAACGCAUUAUGGAUAGAAUAAUUCAUAAAGCCCCUCACCCAACGAAAACAGGCGCUUUGCAGUUGCUUGGGUGGCUCGUUUGUGCAAAGAGGCCGCUAAAAUGGCAUGAAAUACAGUCCCUAAAAUCUAUCAACGUUGACCAACAGUUGGUUGACUUUCCGCGUCACCAGUUUUCAGUAUCCGGGAAAGACCUUUGUGGCUCUUUGGUAGAACUACAAGAGGACGGAACCCUUGAACUGAUUCAUUUAUCAGCGAAAAUAUUCUUGAUUGACAACUCGCGUUACAUAGAUAUAGUUGCCAAGGAACUCGAACUCGCCUGCCAUUGCAUUGACUAUCUUAACCUUCCAGCAUUUGGGUGCCCCCCAACAGCGGAAAGAAUACUUAAUGGAGAUUACGGGUUUCUCGACUAUGCUGUUUUGAACUGGACUCGACAUUUGGAAGCCGGCAUCUUACACCUUGACGACCACGAAGACAAAAUCGGCGAACUUUCAGGGUCCUUAGAAACUUUUAUCAGAAUGCAUUGGAAAAAGCCAACCGUCAGGCUUCCGAUAUCCGGCGGAGCUAAGAAGAGGCUUCAAUGCUUCAAAGCUCUAGACUUCUACGACCAACUCGAGCAAUCAGUGGCCUCAUGGAAAAAGCAGCUGCGAGUCUUAGAAGGGGUCAAGUCCGGAGAGGUUGCCCUAGAUCUCAGGAGCCUAGUUUUUGGUGUUCGAGAGGCGCUGGAGGAUAUAGUGACCUCCAGUUCAGACUCUUCAAUACAAAAGACCAUCGAGGGCAGAUACGGCAACAUGAUCUUCAAGUGUCCUCGACUUACUUGCCAAUUCUUUACCUUCGGCUUUUGGACGAAGAAUGAACGAGACGAACACUUGGACAAACACAUUCGGCCUUACCGAUGUAAAGAUGAGGGAUGCAGAGGCUCUAUAUUUGGAUUUUCAUCAGAAGAACAGCGGGACCGACACAUCAGGGAUGUUCAUCCUGAAGAAUCCAGUGACUGUCUGGAAUUCCCAACUGACGAAGAUAUGGCACGAAGUGCGCGAAAUGAUACUGUUCCAGAAGAGGCCACUGGAGCUCUGGAAGAAGCACCACCGCCACUGACGGAACGAGAGCCACUUCCUGAGUCGGACUCAGAGUUGGAGUCAGUAUUGGACCCGGAGCGAGAAGUACAACGCCAACAUCGCUCGAGAAAAGGGGACAAACCACGAGAGUUCAAAUGCCCACAUUGUCCCAAAGUUUACACUAAGCGUUUCAAUCUCAGGUCACAUCUGCAGAGCCAUACGGAUGAGCGGCCUUUUAGAUGUGGCCAGUGUACAAAAGCCUUCACUAGACUGAGCGAUCUUACGCGCCACGAGGAAACGCACCGAGAAAAGCAGCAUAUUUGUCGAGGCGUACUUAGAAGUGGGGCCACUUGGGGCUGCGGAACGGCCUUUGCCCGGGUAGACACCCUGAAAACUCACCAUAAAUCUGAGGCCGGCCGGAGAUGCAUUCUACCUUUCGAACAAGAGAAGAAACAGGGAUAG